CGCUGGCUUAUGUAAAUGACAAGUUGUAUAUAUGUCUCUCUAUAUAUACAUAUACUAUUGGUAAUUAUAAUCUCUAAGCCACUUGUUAACUAGUGUUUAAGAAAUAGUAAUCAUUAUGGUUGCAUUUUGCUCUCCUCAAUUAUCAUAUUCAAACAUGGGUUGGCUCUUAGAGGAGGUAGAGGCAGAGUCCUUAUUAUUAAGCCAUAAGAAGAACUAUGUAUCAUUAGAUUACUCAUUACCGCAUCAAUUCUCUUCACAAAAGCAACAUGUUGAGAUUGAAAGAACAUCACCAUCACCAUCACCUAACCUUGUAGUGAAGAAGCUUAACCACAAUGCUAGUGAACGUGAUAGACGCAAGAAGAUCAAUAGCUUGAUUUCUUCACUUCGUUCACUUCUUCCCGGGGAAGAUCAUACGAAAAAAAUGAGCAUUCCGGUAACAAUUUCGAGAGUGUUAAAAUACAUACCGGAAUUACAAAAGCAAGUGGAAGGACUAAUUAAGCAAAAAGAAGAGCUUCUAUCAAGAAUUUCACGGCAAGAAUAUAAAGUGAACAAAGAAUCACAAAAGAAAAUUCCAAAUUACAAUUCUUCUUUUGUAGUUUCAACAAGUAGGCUUAAUGAUACUGAGCUUGCUAUUCAUAUUUCGUCUUAUGAGGCCCAUAAGAUUCCACUAUCUGAGAUCUUGUUGUGUUUAGAAGAUAAUGGGCUUUUUCUAUUAAAUUCUUCUUCUUCUAAAACUUUUGGAGGAAGGCUCUUCUAUAACUUGCAUUUUCAGGUGACGAAAACUCAAAUAUUAGAGUCUGAUGUUCUAAUUCAGAAGCUUUUGUCAAUAUACGAGAAGCAGCGAAGUAAUCAAUUUAGGUUGGGAACUAGUGUUAGAUAAGAGAGAUUGAAUUAGUUAAUUAUAAUUAUUAUUAUUUUGUUUGUUAAUGUGAGUGUUAAUUAGUAAGUUUGUUAUACUUUUUUGGUUUUACUAAGCCCGUCUUUAUUAACUAGUAUGUUACCUUUCUCUUUUGUAACUUUAUCUUAUUAUGAUAUCUAAGUAUUAGUUUAAAUGAUAAAUGUCGAUAUUAUUAGAUCGAACAUUUUAUCUCCACAAUUAUAUGUAUGUAAAUUUCUACUGAUAAUUAUUAUGUUUUCUAUUGAUAAAAA